AUGUCGUCCUGGAAACCCCGCUACUUCGACAUUGGCGUCAACUUUUCCGACAGCAUGUUCCAGGGCCGGUACAACGGCUCGGCCUCGGCCAAACAUGCCCCCGACGUCGAGCAGGUGAUUGCCCGCGCCAGGCUCUUCAACGUGGACCGCAUGCUCAUCACGGCCUCGUCCAUCGAGGAGAGCCGUGCCCAUUUGCAGCUUGCGGCCUCGCAUGCCCCCGAUUUGGCGUCCACCGUGGGUGUGCACCCAUGCACCGUGGCACAGGAGUUCUAUGGCGGCACGCACAACGAGCUGCCCUUGCCGAACGCCAGCGAAAAGUUGCGGGAGCUUCGGGACAUUGCACUGGACGGCCACCUGCGCGGCUUGGUCAAGGCGUUUGGUGAGAUUGGGCUCGACUACGACCGCUUGCAUUACUCUAGCAAGGCCCAGCAAACCGAGAUGUUCACCAGGCAGCUCGAGGUGUACGCGUCCCUCAAGCACUUGCAUUUGCCCUUGUUCCUCCACAUGCGGGCCGCGUGUGACGAUUUUGUUGCCAUCGUCCGCCCGUUCAUAGAGGACGGCUCCAUAGCCGUGGGGAACGGCGUGGUGCAUUCGUUCACCGGCUCCGCGGCCGAGCUCGACCAGAUCCUUGCUCUUGGCUUCUCUGUGGGCGUCAACGGCUGUUCCCUCAAGACGCAGGACAACAUCGACGUGGCCAAACUCAUUCCGGCCGACAAGCUCAUGAUCGAGACGGAUGCUCCGUGGUGCGAAAUCAGGAAGAGCCACGCGGGCCACCCUUUGCUCACACCGUACCCCAACUUGUACUACCCGCCAGUUGCUACUUCCGCCGAGGCCGCGGCCCGGCCGCAGAGCCCCGACAGGCCCACCAAAAAGCAGGCGCUGCAGAACGCGAUAAAGUUGGACGCGUUCUUACCCUUCCCCAGCAUUAAGAAGGAGAACUUCGAGAAGCACAAGGCGCAAGCGCAAUUAAAGCUCGAGAACUCGCCCGAAGCCACAUCGCUCGUCAUCGGAGAGUUUGCCUAUCCUUUGAUCAAGUCCAGAAACGAGCCUGUCUUUGUUGGCCAAGUUGCGGAGAUCAUGGCGAAGCUUCACGGCUUGGAGGACGAAAGCGACGUCAGGGACUUCGUGGAUACUAUUUAUACAAACUCCUGUAGACUAUUCAAAAUGUGA